UGGCAGUGAACCUGUGGUGGUGAGUGGUGAGUAGUGACGCGCCGCGCAUCUCCCUUCCUCCGCCACCGUCCAUCUUUGUCGUGGUUGUUGUGUGACGGGUCACAAGCACGCCGCGCUGCCUCACUCCUGCCACUGUACCUCCACCAACUGUCCAACACUUGUCGAGUCUCUCUGCCAUACUGCCCGCACCACUGUACUCCGUGCCAAGUGUGCCAAAAUGAUCCUUCAAAUGCACCACAGACAAGGUUUGGUGUGCAUCAAUAGCGCUGCGGACUGUCACUGUCUCUCCCUACAUCAACUUUGGUGAUGAAAAUGAGAGGUAGUCAUUGAGCAGCAUGUCAGUGUUUGUGGCUGGGGUGGAGUCAGACGCUGCCCCUCAGACUCGCUGCAGGAAGAAGUAUGAGACCAAGUACAGCACCAAGUAUGAAGAUGAAUACCAGUGGGUCAGUCCUUCUACCAAGGGAGAAACCUAUGCCUUGUGUCGCUGGUGCAUGGUGGACAUCUGUAUCAAGUCGGUGGGUGCAAAAGGCUUGCGAGACCAUGAGAUAACAGGACGCCACAAACAAAAAGCCAGUGACCAUGCCCGACCCCCUCAGCUUACAGCACCACCACCACCACUGCCACCACCAGUAUCUUCACAGCUAUCUCCAUCACCGCCACCAUCAACACCAUCAGCACCACCACCUCCACCACCACCUGCACCACCACCACCACCAUCAUCUUCAACUACUCCACAUCUCACCAAUGCUGUGUAUCCUGUCCUGGAGGUAGAAGGUGUGGUAGAACAACACACUGAAGAGCUGCGUGGCUCACCUCGCCCCAUGACACCUCAGACUCCAAACACCCCACUGAGUCCUCAAGGGGAGGAGGAAUUGCCAGACCCACAAUCUGAACUGCUAGAUUUUGGUGACCAGCUCCCCACAUCUGCUACUCACACUUUGCCAACUCCUGUGCGUUCAGUCUCUUCACAGCCAAAGGUUGGAGAGUUGUUAGUCAUAGAGUAUGAUAACCCAGACAUGUGUGGUGCACCUGCACCUUUAUCAUCCAAGACUACAAGUGCAUCAGGUGGAUCAGGUGCCACAGUUAAAAGAGAAUCAGAAGAAAAAUACACAGUGAGCACAGAUGAUUUGACUUGCAAUGUUUGUGGCCAAGAAUAUGUUCAGUGGACACAACUGAAAAAACAUUUGCUGGAUCACAUUCUUAUUGCUCAGAAUUCUUCUGAUGGCAAAGGAAAGGCAACUGGUCGGGGACGGGGAAGAUCAGUAAGUAGCAAGAUAUCUGCACGUCCUUCGCGCAACAUUCAGCAAACUACACUGGACCACCAAAAACAGGAAAUCAUUACAAAUAAAUCAAGUACAUUUACAAAACCACCACGGCGACGUGGCAGACCUCGUGGAAGCAAAUCCAGGAAUUAUGCACCUGCUGGUGGUGUUUCUGGCUUACGCACAACACCUCUUUCUCAUAAGAGAACUGUGGGCCAGCGAAUAGAGCCUCAUGUUAGUGCCCUCCAGGAGGCAUCAGUGGAUGAGCCUGUGGCCAUUGAAGAGGAAGCUCAUGAAGGACCUGGAUUAAGUUCUGAUGUCAUUACCAAGGAAUUUCAAGAAGAAAUAGAUGAGAGUGGAACAAGCAGUGAUGAAAAUAAUAGUGAGACUGGAGAUUUGGAAGACAAAGGUGAAGAAUCAGGGAAGAGGAAACCAGGCCCGUUGCAGUGCCGUGUGUGUCGAGUUGUCUUCUAUAACAGAGGUGAGCUGAGGGAACACCAACGUUCUCAACACAACAAUGGACGCCCAUACCAAUGUGAUCACUGCCAAAAAUUCUUCACUACAAAAAACCACAUGGAGGUCCAUAUUCGCCACAAACACAGUUAUGGUCCUAACCCAUGCCAGUGUGCCAUGUGUGGGAAGGUACUUUCCUCCAGGACAAACUUAAGGAUUCAUAUGAGAAUACAUAAAGGAGAAAGGCCCUUUGAAUGUCCUAUUUGCAAAAAGGCUUUCAGUCGCAAGGCCAAUAUGGAAAUGCACCUGGUUUAUCACACUGGUGAACGACGGUUCACAUGCGAAGUCUGUGGUCAGUCUUUCUUUGCCAUAAAUGCUCUCAAGAGACAUACCAAGUUACAUACAGGUGAAAGAGAUUAUGCAUGUGAGAUUUGUGGUGCUACCUAUGUGACUGGGACAGAUCUACGGCGACAUCGCCUGAAGCAUAAUGAAGUGAAGCCUUACCCAUGUCACUUGUGUGAAAAGCAAUUCACACGAUCUCAUGAUCUCAAGGUUCACUUACGCUACCACAAUAAGGAAUUACGCUAUACAUGUGAUAUUUGCAACAAGCAGUUUGUAGAAUCUGGGAAUUACAAACGUCACAUGCGGCGACAUACUGGCGAGAGGCCAUACACCUGUGUGAUUUGUUUGCUCACCUUUUCACAGGUUCAUCAUAUGAAGACACACAUGAGAACAAGUCAUAAUGAAGAAUCUCCUGGUGGAGAGGAAUGUCCUCAGGGAGCUAGUAACGGGCGAGGAAAAUUACCGCCUCACCGCAACCCAAGAAUUCUUAUCAGACGAACACCAAAACCCACUCAGAUGCAUCAAGCCCCAGUUGCUCCUUCUCAUAGUCAUUCUCACCCUCACCCACACCUUGCACCUCAGCCUCAUGGAGUUGCAAACUCUAACAGUGGAGUUGCUGUACAUGGUAGCCAAUCUGUUUCACCCCCUAUGGCUCACUCAGGAACUCUAUCAGGAACAGUUGCACCUCAUACCACACAGAUUUCCUCAUCAGGUGGAGGUCAUCACCCAACAGCAGUGUCUGGGUUUCUCCAUGGUUAUAAUUCCCACAUAUAUAACCAUGGUGUUAUGCCACAUUAUCCUGCCCUAUUUGAUAUGUGUCAGCCACAAAAUGGAGUCAACCACCUUCCCAUGCAUUAGAAAACAUCAGAGAUACGGCGCUGAAUAAUUUCCGUGAAGGGACUGCCCACGCUCUUCAAGAUGGAGUCCAGAAGGUACACAGCAGGCAUCUUCUCCAUGCCAUUCACCUGGAAAAUGAAUAAAUCAAUGAAAUAAAUGGAAAUUAUAAGAUAUCUAACACAUCGCAAAGAUCAAUGUAGAAUGUCUAAAUAAAAUCUAUAUAGAAUACACAUUAUGACUAAACAACCACUGAAGAAAUGCAAGCCACAUAUUCCACGCUUCUUAGGAUUCCAAAGCUACAGUUCGACAGGCAACUCUGAGGUGGUUCUCUCGGAGCUAUGCACAUUCAAAUAAAAACUUACAUGUUA